UGAUGACGUGAAUUUUACCCGGAGCCGACCCAAUAAAUAUCCACGUCCGAAAGAUUCAACCGCGAUUACAACUUCACUACUGUUUCUUAUCAAAUCAGUAGCGUAGCUAUAUAUAUCAUGGAGUUCAGAGAUUUAGACCGAUACGCAUUUUACGCGGGACACCCGCGGCCUUUAGCACCAUCCUCGGGCAGUUUUGAAUCUGUCGACCCAUCAACCGGGAAGGCCGUCUGCAAGAUACAUAGCUCCUCGCCAAAAUCUGUCGAUGCCGCAAUCCAAUCGGCCCAAGAAGCAUUUCCCUCCUGGUCUCGCACUCCCGCUGUAGAAAGAGCACGUAUUCUACAGCAAGCCGUCGCUCUCCUGCGUGAGUACAACGAUGCUCUCGCGCGUGUCGAAACCAUCGACACCGGGAAGCCUUUCUCGGAAACUUCAACAGUGGAUAUCACCACGGGGGCGGACGUUCUCGAAUAUUAUGCAAACUUAGUAGCCAGCGGUGGAUUAAAUGGCGAAUCCUUUCGCCUUCGGCCGUCGGCUAUGGUAUACACGUCUAAAGAACCUCUAGGCGUUUGCGCCGGCAUCGGGGCCUGGAACUACCCAAUCCAAAUCGCCCUCUGGAAGUCCGCGCCUUGUUUGGCUGCCGGAAAUUGCAUGGUUUACAAACCGAGCGAGUACACGCCACUACACGCCGAAUACCUAGCUGAUCUCUACCGCAAGGCUGGUCUUCCGGACGGCGUCUUCAACGUCGUAUACGGCAGCGGCGACGUCGGAUCCUAUCUAACGAGACACCCGGCCAUCGCGAAGGUCAGUUUCACUGGACAGGUCAGCACCGGGAUGAAGGUAGCCGGCGCUGCUGCCGGGGGAAUGAAGUACGUGACUAUGGAGCUGGGUGGCAAGAGCCCGUUAGUUAUCCUCCCAGACGCGGCGGUGGACCAAGCCGUAGACGUAGCUAUGAUGGCAAAUUUUUUCAGUACCGGCCAAGUCUGUACAAACGGCACGCGGGUAUUUGUCCCAAAUUCGAUAAAAAAGUCAUUUGAGCGCACCUUGCUCGAGAAGAUAAAAUUCGUCCGAGCGGGCGACCUUUUCAAUCCGACAACCAACUUCGGGCCUCUUAGUAGCAAGAUCCAUUACGACAAAGUGAUUCGGUACAUACGCCAGGGCAUCGAGCAAGAUAAGGCGACGUUACUGAGCGGCGGGUUAGAGCAGCCAGCCAACAUACCUCCCGAAUUAAAAGAGGGCUACUGGGUCCAACCGACAGUAUUUACGGACUGCACUGAUGAGAUGACCAUCGUGAAGGAAGAGAUCUUCGGACCUGUGAUGACAAUCCUAGCGUACGACACAGUCGAUGAGGCGGUCCAGCGCGCCAACGCGACAGAUCUGGGACUUGCCGCCGGCGUGGUGGGUCGCGAUAUCGACCUAUGCCACAGUGUUAUCUCGAAACUCGAGGCCGGCAUUACCUGGGUAAAUACAUGGGGCGAGAGUCCCGCCGAGAUGGCAGUCGGCGGCUGGAAGCUAAGCGGUGUCGGAGUAGAAAACGGGAAGAGAGGGCUCGAGGCGUGGGUUAGGAAUAAGAGCACGUUGGUCGAGAUGGGCGGGAGCGUGCCGACUUCGUUCUCGAAACUGUAAGCAUUGGAUGAUGAGAUGGGUUACGUGGAAAAUAUAAAAAUAUGAGUCGAGACAGGGAAGGCGGUUAACAUUGUUUAUUCAGCAUUGGAAGUAAAUAGGGGUCAUGGGGGACAUUUUGAAAAGGAGACAUAUUUUAUUCGUUUGGCGGUAUUCUUGUACAUAUUAACCAGUUCUUAUUGGUACCACCUUGCUUAGAGCUUGAUGAAAAGCAGAUUGAGCCAUCCCACCAGAUAUUAUCGAACAUGAAGAAAGAAAAGUCGGAUCAACUACAAAUAAUUUCAAAGCUUAGUUGGAGAAAUAGUUAUCGGUGUCUAUAUCGUAGGCUCUAG